CAAUAAUAUGUGAAAUGGAAGAUUAUAUCGAGAAAGCAAAAUUAGAAGAAAAGAAUGUAUAUCAGCGAUAUAUUAACAAAUCCAAAUUAUUUUACGCUACGACAAUGUGCUUGAUAACCGUAACCGGAAUCACAGUGCUCUUCGGACCAUUAUUGCUGUCCCAACCCUUUCCAGUUAAAGUAGAGUAUCCAUUCGAUGUGAACAAACAACCGCUGAAGACUAUCAUCUACCUGCAUCACGCAAUGGUUAUAUAUCAAGUAGGUGUGCAAGUAUGUGGCAAUAUAUUCGUAGCUCUUCUGCUUUGGUUCGUGGCAGCAAGAUUCGAAAUCCUGUCCCAGAAAUUUCAAAAGAUUACAAGCAUCUCAGAAUUCAUAAUCUGCGUACAGCUGCAUCAACGACUAUUACGAUAUGCAAAAGAUGUUACUAUGACAGUUCGAUACAUAGCAUUGUCAACGAUAGGAAUCAGUACCAUAGGAGUGGUACUUAGCGGCCUUACUAUUUUGAGUCGACAACCUUUAACGGUAAAAGCUCAAUUUUUUGGCAUUGGCGCAUCCGCUCUUGUAGAAGUCUUUAUCUGCGCAUGGCCAGCUGAUUAUUUAUUGCGCACGAGCAACGAUGUUGGCCAUGCUGGAUAUGAAUCGUCAUGGUACAGCAAGGAAGUAUCUUUACAGAAGAAUUUGUUAUAUAUUGUGUCGCGAUGUCAACAUCCUGUAACUCUAACUGUACCAUGUCUGCUACCUGCUCUUUCACUUAAGUACUAUGCCUCUUAUUUGUCAACUACGUUUACCUAUUUGACAACCUUUCGAGCAAUAUUUGCUGUAGAGGAUGGGCUGCAAAUGUAAUCUACUGUGUGUAUUAUACCUUUUUAAUGCAAAAAAAAUUUAUUAAGCAACACUAGGGGUAUUCAAAUAAGUUAGAGUUUAAC